AUGAUAUUAAAUACAAUAAAUACAUAUUGCCACAACAUUUUUGCUUAAAAUCUUGGAAAAAAAAAAACAAGCAUGGUUUCCAGUUUGUCAGAUUCCAGCAGUGACACUGCAAGCUGUUGUCAGCCUGCCCUGCCGAAGAGCUCCAGGGCAGCUCUGAAAAAUUCUGUGAAAAUGUGAAACUCUCAGCCAGGCCAGAUACCAGUAACCACACCUUGCAGAGGAGCCUCCACCACGUGUCCUGUGCCAGGGGAGAGGCAUAUGAGACUUUUCAGAAAUUACAGACUCAUAAAAACCAGUGAAGAAUCACUGCAUCCACUUUAAAUCUGAGUCAAAGUUAUAAGCAACUUCUUAAAAACGAACACAAGCUGCCCUGUCCUUGAAAAGCCAGGAGUUUCCCAUCCUGGAGAGGGGCACUAAUUCCAAGGAUAUCAGCAAUGUUAUGUACUCUGUGGUCAUAUUUUGUAGUUGUGACAGUGGAAUGGCAACCUGUGUCCCUGAAGUCACUUCUGAAAAAGUCUGUUUCUAAAAAAUCUACAAUGAUGUGACCGGAAAAAUCAAGUUUAUUUGUAGUAAAUUCAUACAGGGGACCAAAUGCCACUGAAAAAAAACCCCAAACCUUUAAAUCCACAAACUGAAGAAGUUUGGAAGUAGUGGACCGGGCAGAUGGUGGCAGCUGAAGUGGACGUUGCGGUGCAGACAGAGCGCAGCAGAUGUGCGGGCCGGCCCCGCAGCCGCUCCGCCGGCGCUGCCCGCGCCUCCACCGCCAGGCCAAAGCCCUUCUCCUGCCGCCCGGGGCACCGCGCCGAUACAGUACUUCAUCGGGGCCGGCGCAGCCACCGCUCCUCCCGGAGCUCCCGGAGCUCCGCCGUGGUGCUCGCUCCCCCCGGACAGGGGGGGUUGUCAGCAUCCCCGGGGCUCCGGGCUUCCCCCCGCCGCCAAACCGGGGCGCGGAGCCGAGCUCCCCGGGGUGCUGCGGCGGCCGGCGGGGCCGUGCGCGGGAGCCGCCCGCCGGCGGUGGCGGUGGCGGUGGCGGUGGCGGUGGGUGUCGCAGCCGCCGGCUGCGUGGCGGCGAGCCCCGGCCGCCCAUCACGUGCUCGGUGUGUUGCAUUGUGUUUGCGGCGGAGGGAGGGCUGGCCGUGUCAGUGAUCAAUGUCAUGACUUCCUCCUCGGGCUGGAGCAGUAUCAGAGCACAGCUGAAGGAAGCUGAUUACUGCUGGUUUCAAAUUGGCUGGGAACAAUACACACACACACACACGCACACGCACACACACGCACACGCAGCCCGCACCCUGGCUCCCGCGUCGCCGCUCCGCGCCGGGGGGGAAGAUGAGCUCAGGGGACGUCGUUUGCACUGGAUGGCUCAUUAAAUCACCCCCCGAGAAGAAACUCAAGAGAUACGCAUGGCGGAAGCGCUGGUUCGUGCUGCGCAGAGGCCGUAUGAGCGGGAACCCGGACGUGCUGGAGUACUACAGGAACAACCACUCCAAAAAGCCCAUUCGGAUCAUCGACCUCAACGAAUGUGAAGUGCUGAAGCACUCAGGGCCCAACUUCAUCAAGAAAGAAUUUCAGAACAACUUUGUCUUCAUUGUGAGAACCACCUACCGCACCUUCUACCUGGUAGCCAAAACCGAGGAGGAGAUGCAGAUCUGGGUGCACAACAUCAGCCAGAUCUGUAACUUUGGACAUCUAGAAGAUGGCACAGGUUCAGUGGAGAGCCUGUCUCACACAACCUCGUCCCCGCAGCCAUCACCAGCCGCCUCCACCCAUGCCUCCCACAUCGCCGAUCCCUCCUUCUCGGUCGACCACGCUGCUGCUGAUGCGUCUGCCACAGAGGAGACCCCCAGCGAGUCAGAGUCGGUCUUCCUCCCUGAUUACCUCUUCCUCUCCAACUGCGAGUCGGGCAAGCUCAGCCAUAACAGGUGUGACAGCUGGUCGAAUUCAGACAGAUCUCUGGAGCAAACCUCAUCAGACGAUGUUUUUGUCGACUCCUUGCAGUCCCAGCCCUCCUUGUACCUUGUGCAGCUGUCCAGCACUGGCACUGUGCACCAGGAUGGGGCUCCGUUGGCAAAUCCCAGCACCGUGUCCAGGAACAUAGACAUUAGUGGGUCACCCAGUGACUUUUCCUCCUCUUCUCCACUGCUGGGGACACCACUGACACCAACCUUUCAAAUUGACAAGAGCCAAAACGCGCUGCCCUAUGGUGUAACCCAGCUGGACAUCCUGUCCAACACGCCCCCGCCGCGGCCGCCCAAGCCAACCCACUUCUCAGACAGGAGAGGGGAUGAAGUGGGCAGCAGCACCCUCCAGAACGGGCACGCAGGGAUCAGCCGGGCUCAGGUCGCUCUGGUGCCCAGGAGGAUCUCCUUGUCCAGCUUAGACAAUGUGAGGAACUGGAAAGCAGACAUGGAAGGCAGUUCCUUAAGAAGUCGGGAUAAGAGGCUUAGCUUGAAUUUGCCCUGCCGGUUCUCCCCGCUCUACUCAACUGCUUCGGACGGCACAGAGGACAGCUACGUACCCAUGCGCCCCAGCACCUCCCCCUCUGCGCCCGGCUCCGACUGUUCACCCGAUGGCUACAUCCCCAUGAGCCCCGGCUCAGCCACAUUUACCUUCCCUGUCGUCAGCACUGAAAAACUCACCAGCCCUUUACCUGAACUUCCCUCAGACCUGGAGCCCCCUCCGGUGAACCGAGACCUCAAGCCUCGUAGGAAAUCACGGCCACCUCCUCUGGACUUGAGGAACCUCUCCACAAUCCGGGAGCAUGCUGCUGUGACCAGGAUGUGGACUGUGCCUUACAAUCGAAUGAGCUUUAUCUCACCAGAAAGAGACGGUAUUAAUUCAGCAAGAAUAUUUGCCAAUUCAGUUUCCGGAGAAGAGGAAGAAAGUUACAUUCAUAUGGAACACAGACAGGCAACAUCUCCAUACAGUGGUGCUUUUCCAUGGACAAGGAAAUCUAACCUUGAUUACUUAGCAUUGGAUUUUAAUUCUGCUUCCCCAUCCCCUGUACAGAAGAAACCUUUUCUCUCUGAGGAGCAGAGAGUGGACUAUGUCCAGGUAGAUGAACAGAAGACUCAGGCUUUACAGAACACUAAGCAGGAAUGGACAGAUGAGAGGCAAUCGAAAGUUUAAAGGAAGAAGACUUGAGAUCUGGAGGAUUUUUUUUUUUGCACUGGAACCACAAUGUUAAUGAAGCAGCUAUCACAGUAGAGUUCAAAGGCAGAGAGAGAGUUGUAAGAUGCUUACGGUCUGUAGAGGGAUGGCAUUUUAAUGGAAACCUUUGAUUUCGGCUGGAAAUAGUAUGUUGAACGAGUGGUUCACUGAUGAUUAAAGUAAUGCAUUACCCUUUUUACUGCCCUUACCAGUAAGCUACAUGGUACCAUUUUCUGGCAUGAUUCUGCAACGAGUCAUACACUUAAUGUUAACAAAUCCACUACAUGUUGCAUUAAUCUAGUUAGUCCUGCCUUCUUCCUCUGUUGCAUAAUUCCUAGUUGCUAAAGCUAUUUUUUGAUAUUCUUUCAAACACUGCAGGUGCUCAGAGUGCUUUCACGGCAGCGGGCAUCUGACAGGUAUUGGUGACUAAUCAACUAAGGGCUAAAAUACUGAAACAAUAAAAAGAACUUUUUGAAUAUAUAGUGCUUAAGCAAAGAGAAUUUUGGAAAAUAUUUUUCCCCUGGGUUUAAAAGGUCUGACUCUGAGCUAUUGCUGUCAGAAACUCAAAGCAAGACUAUGUACCAAUGGGACUGGAACGCGUGGUCUUUGACCCUCUGGACGACAGUCGUCGUAUUAAGCUGCUUCUCUCCGUUGUGGCUUAUACUUGUCGCCUUUCUGUCUGAUUCCUACUGAUGUUUUCUCCCCUAUCUUGAGGAGUGUCUUUGGCACAGCACAGCUGCUCCUCUAGCAGGAGGCUGCAGGCGCGCAGCUCUUGGCUGGCCAAAAAAUAGAAAGGGAAGCUGUGAGCCUGUUUCUGCAAGUCUUGGGAGAACUGGCAAAGGAUCAAGAAUGCUUUCAUCCGAACUGCAGAAGAAAUGCCAUUGGAAUUGCUGGUAGCAGUCCUCAAACUGAUUGUUUCACUAGACCCACCCCAAAAAAAAAAGAGAAUUAGGAAGUGCAGCGUGCUCCGAGAGAGGCUAGCAGGCCUGCCAAAAUAAAACAACAAUACGCUUAUGCGGCGUGAGGACCUCUGGGUUCAGGAAGCUUAUCUACCUUGGGACUUGUUACAGGCACUAUCUCAGGAUCACAUAUGUGUAUAGUUUAUAACAUAUUUAACUUUAAAAGCUUGGCUGCAAUCUUUAUCUUAAGGUGGCACACAGCCACUUGAAUCGUGGAAGUACGUAGUACCGCUGAGUGACCCACACUGGAUUUGAUCUUGCAGGCUCUGCUCGUGCAGGUAAGUCCCACUAGCCGUAAGAGGUCUGAUCCUGCCCGCAAGGACAGACAGCCAGGACACUUAACGGAACAUUUCCUCUUUGACAGUGUCAAGUCAGUGGCCUCUCUUCACGUGCCUGUUGCUACCAUGUUGUAUUACUGUAAUCUGACAUCCCAAAAAUGCUGAUUUACCAAACAGAGGUCGUAGAAAUGUUAUUGCAGAAACCACUGGCGUUUCAAGGCUCCUACUUACUGUCCCCCGUGCACCCAUUCUGCUUCAGCCAUUUGGGCACUCUGGGAGGCUGAGAGACGCGGCCGAGUCGCGCGUCCUGCUGGGAGAGGCAGCGCAGCUAACAGAAACACCGUUUUUCUCCUACCUCAAGAGAGCCGAAGCGCUUGCAAAUCUCGCUGCUUCUUUGGAGCAAAUACAAAGCUGGGGAAUCUGUGGUGACCAGGCUCUUAGCGGCUUACCCUGUGAGAACAACAAGGUUCACCAGCGCCUUUAUUGACUCUGGGGCAAACUGGGCACCCAGCCCUUCGGGCAUAAAGUGUCCUGGACUAGAGCUGCUUGGAAAAGCGGGAUUUAUACUGCAGAUAGCUGACCUGCUGUUUCCUCCCACUCUGUUCCUCCCCACAAGCUCUAAAAUGAAAGUUAAUGUUCAAAAAAGUUUUGAAAAGAAUUCAGACUUAUCCAUAUAAAUCUUGUCUGUCUGGUGUGAAAUUUAGUUUGUUGAAAACCCAACUGUUUUGUCCUAAAACUGAUGUAGGAGCGCCCUGAGCAGCCGUGCCCUGGGUGUGGUGUUGCUACAGGGGAAGUGGGUUUGGGGAGAGGCGGUGCAGAUCUGCGCCUCCUCGGAGGCGUUAAGAGAGAGGUAAGCAAGAAAGAGCCGCAGUUACAGAGACAUUUGCCUUUUCUGCUCAAAAGAAUUGCCUUUCUUUCAAGGUGUACAAAUAAUACAUGUUACUGAAAGCUUUUGGUGUAUGCUGCAGUGCUGAAAGAGUGAAAAGCCCAGCUAAGACAUGUAUUACAAUAGGGGACAGAAAACAUGGGGCAGGUAAAAUUAUGCUAUGCUGCUGCAGAUCCCAAAUUGCAGAGCGAUGGCAUGGCAGCCUCCGAUGCAGAUUGCGAUAGCAUACAAAUCAGCUCAUGUCGGGCUGGAGUGUUUCUUUUCACGCUGUCAGAAACUCUUCUGAAAAACACCACAUUAUUGGAGACGACUGGCUUGCUUGUUAUUCUAGUUUAUUGUAAAAAAUACUUCAACUUUGACAAUCCUGGCUAAUGGAUCAUUUAGAAGUUUAGAAAAGAAAGAGCUCUGUUGGUAUUUCCCCCCCCCCCCCAAAAGGACAUAAACGUACAGGUUGGCAGGGACUGUCCUUGGAUGAGAAGGGUCCCCUUUCAACUUCCACGUGUCCCCUGCUUGCCCCCACCGCUCUCUUAUCUUGAUCAAAUGCUGCUCACUGGUUUCUAACUUUCACUUUUUAACUAAGAGCUACUUUGAGGGUUUACUCAAAUUUUUCAUUUAAGGUCUUUUUUUACCCGCUGCUCCAGGGUCCGUGCCGUGCAUUCUUGUGGAAGCACAACACACGAAACAGGAGCAAUUAAAUAAAAAACACACAAAAAAAGUUUUAAAAGCAGAGCAGUCCUCCCCCAAGGCUUUUUGUGUGUUUGUUUGUUUUAGUCAAAGUCCACAAUACUCCGAAGAGGGUAAUGAGGAGGAGGAUGGUGGGAGGACGGCAAACACCGAAUCUGCUGUGGCCACCCCAUCCUUAAGGAUUUUUGGUGUGAACGGAACCACGGCAGCCCCUGUGAGUCACUGUUUAAUUAAGUCUGUUCUUAAAUACUGAUCCCUUGGCCAAAGAGGAAAGAAAACCUGCGAAAGCACCUGAAAACUGAGUCAGCUUUUGACAACGUCACGUCUGAAAAUGUAGCCGGGGCAAAGAGCCCUUGGUGAGCCCUGGCCAGCCAGGCACGCUCCCGGUGGCGGCGUCUUUUUGCUGCGGGUCUGUUAUGUUGUUAUUUGUAUGUAUUUCUUUAAAAAAGUAUCGUGAGAGCUGAUGCAGAGAGAGAGGCUCUGCACCUAAAUGAGCAUGGGGCGGCCAGCCGUCCCUUAGGAAACUCUCGUCUCCUGGGGGAGCUGGCAUUGCCCGGCUCAGGACUUGUAGUGCCUUCUCUAGCACCGCUGGGCUUUCUCGGUUAAAAUGGAGAGGAACGCUAAAUGAGCAGAAGAGGUUUUGCUUAAUUGGAAAUGUCGCUCUGUGGAGUAGCCAGAUGACGCUUGGUUGCAGGACGAUGUAGAAAACAAACAAGCUAAAUGGUCUUGGUCCUGUGGUUAUUGUUAGGGCUGUCAGCUGGAUUCCCCCCGCUGUCGGCACGGCACGGGAGGGAGCUCAUCAGGGUCUCUUACUGAAAUUGUCUGUGGCCACUGAAUGCACAAAUAGCCUGCGUCAAAUGCCUGCUUGAAAUACAUCCUAAAGGAUCGUAAAGAAAUCAGUCUGAUCUGAACUGCUUUCCCGGAGCGAGCGGGAUUUCAGUACUCGCUGGGAGUUACGCGCAUUCCCAAGGUCUGUACUCAGUUUGGGUUUAAUAUGGCCUUAUUCUGCAGACUUUCACUGAGCACGCAUUUGAGCAAGGUGUAGCAGGAUCCAAGACUAGUUUGCUUUUUGGUCUAAACUGUAAUUUCCGUUUAUAAUUCCUUUAUUACAGGAGGCAGCAUUAAAUUCCUUACUGGCAAAUAGGAACACUUUACCUGAGAAAUGUCAACAGCCGUUUCACUUGAGCCCGGUGUUUUCAACCAGCUCACUUUCGCCAAUGAUAGCGCCCGUUCUCUUCCAUGUCACUAAUUACAUCAUAGAUGUUGAUUUUGGAGUUGCAUUCCUUGAAGUGAGUCAGUGGUUUAGUAAUUCAAAGACCAUCAGAUGCUGUGAUGAGAAUGAAGCACAGGGCAAUGCCUUUCCUUUGUUCCCCUGUUCUGCAAAAAUUGCUCAGGUUUUAAAAAAAAAAACGCCACCAAAAUAGCAGACUUUUGCCAUGUCAAAGCCAGAAUGUUUUUUGUUCAAAUAAAAACAAACUUUGGUCUUGUGCAAAUGAAGCAUUAUACGUUUUUUGUAUUUGUAAGUCUAUGGGGAAGCAUUAAACAGUCAUCUCUGUUACGAAGGAGUAAGUCACUGAUAGAGGGAAGGGGCUCGCCUUCCUGAUGUUUCAUUGUAAUGUUUGUUGUAUAUAUUUGCACAUUAG